UCAUGCUGCCCGGCGAAGCGGCCCCCGGUGGCGGGAAUUACGAGGACAGCGGCGCCACGCGUAGCAGGCUACGCCCGUCAAUGACUCUCUCGAGGGCUUCGUCCAGGCAGGUCGCUGUCUUUGGUGAAGGUGCGGACGCGGCAAGUUCCAGCGAUCGCAGAGGACAAUCGUGGCCCAAGGCUGUCUUUAAUGCACGGUCUGGGUUGGGGCGGCGGAUCGGGCUCUGAUUACUGCAGCGGCCAACAAUGCAAUGCAAUGUUCUGCUGUGGCGCAGCCAUAUCUGCAGCUCGUCCUGCCCGGAUCCCAGGUGCGCUGUAUUGGCCGCAGCAGUUCAUGAACGACAUUGGGCAGCACCCGUUCAGAUUCGAGAUGGCGCCAUCACCACGGCCGCCGUGGAGGCUUGCGACGAGCCAGGAUGGUAUCACUGAUGGAGUUAUUUCCAAUGUCUCCGCAUGUGCUGCAACACUUAAACCUCAAGUUCUGUUCAGACAGACGAUUGCACGUCAGAAGCUGCCGGGAUGCGAUCCAGAAGACACGUCCAGAUUACCCAUGCAGGCGUCGAUGUCGUCAUGGCUGCUUGAAAGGGUUUAUACAGGUGCCCGUACAUUAACGGCAGCGGGCCCAUCGAUUACAUAAAAGAUACGAGACAAUGCAUAAACGACUACUUGGCGUGCCGGGAAACGGCUGCCAAAUAUGCCCCUCCUUAACAUUUGUAUGUGUUCAGUUAUCGCACUUGAACUGGGUCUUUGAAGUGUGAUCCCGCUAUUGACUCUAUGGUAGCGAUCGUCGAUUGAGGUUACAAUAAGGUCUUCUCUAGUAUGUGAAAUCUAGCUACACGAAUGAGAAGGCGAAGCAUAAGUAAGCGCUCAA